AUGCUUCCCAAUUUACGAAAUCUGCAAAAAACAAGACCAACUGCUACGACUCCUGACAUCUCAUAAAAGAGGAUGCUUUUGCAAAAAAGUGAGCAUCAUGAUGUUUACUCUUUAAAAUCUUAAAUUGAAUCUUUAUAAAAACAAUUAGAAUAUGUUUAAACAAAUAAAUCAUUUGUAAUGAAGAUAACUUCUCCACCUUCAUGUACAUAGUGUUCAAAAUUUAAACAAUAACUAGAUCUAUAGUAACUCAAUGAAAAAAUUACAAAAAGGAAUUAUGAUCAGAAAAUCGAUGAAUUGUAAAAGUAAACUCAAAAGGUAAUUCAAAUUAAGGGCAAAUAAUUUGAAGUAGAUACCAGAUAUGAUGAUUUACUAUUUAAAUUGAAAUAAAUUUAUUAAUACGAACUCCUAAUAACUGAGGAUAAUGCUAUCAAUGUAAAUAACAUAUAGAAAAUUUAAUUUUCAUACAGGAACUCCUAAGAACAGAAUCAAUAAUCUAUCGAAUAAUUGCUUUCCCAACUUGAGGAACAAGAUUAAAUUAUCAAAAAGCAAACAAAUCUAAUUAAAAAUGCUAAUUCACAAAUUGAUCAAUAACACAAUGUCAUUUCAAAUCUUCAAAAUUAGUUAGAAAAUAUUAAAAAACAAUUGAAAGAUCGCUAAGAACUAAACAAAAAAACCUUAUAAACCUUACCAAAUGAGGUCUCUCCAAAAUAAAUUGUCGACCCUCAUUAAGAUAAGUCUCUCUUAUAAUAAUUACUAUUUUAAAAUCAGUCUCUCAAGGAUAAACUAAUACAAUAGAAUCAUUAGAUUGAUAAGUCUGCUUAGGAAAAUCAAAUUCAAAAGCAUUUAUUGAGAAUUGAAGUCUUAGAAACAGAACUCAAACUAAGUCUUCGUUGUUGUAGAUGCUAAAAUCUAUUUGAAAAACCAAGAACUUAUAUUCCAUGUGGACAUUCCUGUUGUGAAAAGUGUUAUAAAUAUAAAUGCGAUUCUUGUGAUACAGAAGCUGUGUAUAGGAACAGACAAUUCGAUGAAUUAAUAAGAGUCUAUCACAUUAUAAAGGAUACUAAAACAUUCAUUCAAGAGUGUUUGUUGAGACUGUAAGGUUGA